UAAUUCUUAUUACAGUUGAAGAAGCUUGAUAAGUUGCUGUUGAGGAUGAUGGAUGAUGUGCAUUCUGGCCGACCUGUUUUUGAAGUUUUCAAUAUAGUGCCUGCCGGAAAACUCCCGCAACAGGACAAUGGACAUGAUUGUGGUAUUUUUGUCAUGAGGUUUAUGGAGUACAUUGCAUCCGGAAAAUCUCCUCCCUCGACCUAUAUAGUCGACCAUAAUGAGAGAUUCCGAUUUGCAAUUGAUAUUGUCUUAUCGGAAUCCAAUGGCCUAUUUUGGGAUGUGAUGCAUGAUGCAACCGCUUAUUAUGGAGUUUGUUCAAGCAAAGGUGGUGAAUCAUCAACCUUAAAAGAAGUGCAUCCACUUGCUUUGAGGACUACUUGCUGGGAAUUUGAAAUUGUUGUGGAGGUAAAGGUAGGCUCCAACAUUCCAAAAAAUACCUUGCUUGUAAUUUUACUUAAAUGCACUAGUGCAACCAUAUUAAAUAUGGUUUAUGGUAUAUAUCCUUCUGUAUGUUGUACUGAUGUUUUUGUAAUAUUACAUAAUUCUUGGGGAAACAGGUGGGUUGACUUGUACAUAGCAGAGAUUUAAGUUAGCUACAAAAUAAUUUGGCUCUUUUUUUUUUUUAGUUUAUAAAUUUUUUUAUUAUUACAGAACCAGAGAUUACUAAGAGAAUCUGACAUUAGGAGAGUGAAUAAGGAGGAAGUACUUCAACAAGGAAAUUUGGAACGUUCUUCCAUGAUAUACGUUAACGGUUAAUAGGCUCUGGCAACAUAAUGAGUGCUUCAAGUUCAUGAGUAUGGUUGUCAACUAAAAUUAAUGACAUUCGUUGCUUAUGUUAUACUACUGUUUCUUUCAGAAAAUCAAAUUGUAUCAUGUAAAUAUUGAAAUUGUUUACUAAAAAGGGGAUUACUUGA